AUGCGCAGAGCGGUAUCUACGGGAAGACAAUCGCUUUUAGCAAUCUAUCUUCCGGCAAAUCAUUGUCGCGGAAAUAGAAUCUGCUGUUUUUCUUUCUUUUAUUUUGUCCUCCAUUUUCUUUUUCUUCCUUCUUUAAAUUUCGUUCUUUAUUUUUCUUUUCAUAAAUUUUUCUCUAUUUCUUUUUUCCAUUUUCAUUCGUCGUUUCUUUUUUCUUUCUUGUCGCCCUUUCAUUAUUUUUCUUUCUCUUUAUUUCUUUCCUCUUUUGUCUUUACUUUUUGCCUUUUCUUUUUUAUUUCUCUCUCUACCUUUCUUUCUUUCUUUCUUUUUUUCUUUCUUUCUUUCUGUAGUUCGUUCUUUCUUUAUUUUUUAUUGAUGCAUUUAUAUAAAGAUUUUUGCCUUUCUUAUAACUUGACUUUUAUUGUUCGGCACUUUACUCUCUAUACACGCCAACAAACAAUUAUUUACGAAUUUUUCAUCUUUUUUCAUCCUAUUUUUGUCUUCCUUUUUUCUUUCUCAUUUUUCUUCGUUUUUUCUUUCUACUAUUCUUUCUCUUUUUUCUUCAUCUUUUUUCUCCCUCUUUUUCUUCCUUUUUUCUUCCUCUUUUCUUCUUUUUUUCGCCCUUUUUUUUCUUUCUAUUUUCUUUCUUUUGUUGCAAUCUAUGUUCAAAUUGACCUCUCCCUCUCUCUCUUUCUUUAUAUUCUUUCUUUUUCUCUCUUUCUUUCCUCUUUUUUCAUGGCAUUGUUUUCUUGCCUUACACUUUUCAGCCUCUCUCUCUCUCUCUCUCUCUCUCUCUUUCUUUGUUACUUAUUAUUUUUAUAG